AUGGAAGUCGUGCCAACGGGACCCGCUUCGUUCGAUGUGCCCGAGGAGGCCAAGAACAUCGACAUGGACCUCUACUCGCGCCAGUACUACGUCUACGGCGGGAAGGCCAUGACCAAGAUGGCCGACUCCAACGUGUUCUUGAGCGGCCUUGGUGGUCUGGGCGUUGAAAUCGCCAAGAACAUCGCCCUGGCAGGCGUGAAGGCUCUGACCCUGCACGACACGCGUGUAGCAACGACGUUCGACCAGGCCUCGCAGUUCUUCGUGAGCGACAGCAGCCUGGGCAAGAACAGGGCCGAGCUCAGCGCGCCGCACGUGAUCGAGCUCAACCCCUACGUCAAGAUCAGCACCUCGACGGCCAACCUCGAGGAGGAGGACCUCGCCUUCUUCGAUCAGUUCAAGUGCGUCAUUCUGACCGAGACCCCGCUGCACCUGCAGAAGAAGAUCAACGCGUACUGCCAUGCGCGCGGCAUCGCCUUCAUCUCGGCCGACGUGCGCGGCGUGUUCUGCUGGGCCUUCUGCGACUUUGGCGACAAGUUCGAGGUGCACGACAUCAACGGCGAGGAGCCGCUGGAGAUCAUGAUCGAACACGUGACCAAGGCCAACCCGGGCGUGGUGCGCACGCUGGACAAGUCCAAGCACGGCCUGGAGGACGGCAUGCUGGUGCAGUUCAAGGAGGUCAAGGGCAUGAACGAGCUGAACGAGGGCAAGGUGUUCGAGGUGAAGACCAUCAACCCCUACGAGUUCAGCAUCGGCGAUACUUCGAGCUUCGGCGACUACGUCAGCGGAGGCAUCGCCACCGAGGUCAAGAAGACCGUCGAGAUGUCCUUCCUCCCUCUGGCAGAGGCCAUCGAGAAGCCCGACAUCGUGAUCGCGGAUUGGGCCAAGAUGGAGAACCCGAUGCAGCUGCAUCUCGGCGCGCAGGCCUUGGACGCCUUUGCGGAGAAGAACAAGCGUCUGCCGGCGCCCUGGAACAAGGAGGACGCCGCCGCGCUUGUGGCGCUGGCCAAGGAACUGAACGAACAGAAGAGCGACAAGAUCACCGUCGACGAGAAGCUGCUCGAGAAGCUGGCCUUCACCUCGCAGGGCAGCCUGGUAGGCAUCACCGCCUUCUUGGGCGGCGUUGUGGCGCAGGAGGGUAUCAAGUCGAUCACCGGCAAGUUCGCUCCUCUCCACCAAUGGCUGUACAUGGACGUGCUCGAGGUGCUCCCUGGCGAGGACGUCGAUGCCGCGCAGUGCCAACCCGAGGGCAACAGAUACGACGCUCAGGUCGUGUGUCUGGGCAAGGACGUCAACGCCCAACUCCAGCAGCUGAGAAUCUUCAUGAUUGGUGCUGGCGCCAUCGGCUGUGAGAUGCUGAAGAACUUUGCCAUGCUCGGCGUGGGCGGUGGUGACGGUCUCAUCACGGUCACCGACAACGAUCUGAUCGAGAAGAGCAACCUGAACAGGCAGUUCCUCUUCAGGCCCAAGGACAUCCAGAAGCCCAAGUCCACCAGCGCGGCCAACGCGGCGAUCGCCAUGAACCCGUCCCUCAAGGUCGACGCCCACCUCAACAAGGUGGGCCAAGAGUCCGAGAACCUCUACACCGAUGGCUUCUUCAAGACGCUGGACAUCGUGGUGAACGCUCUGGACAACGUGCAGGCUCGUUUGUACGUCGAUGGUCGGUGUGUGACCAACCAGCGACCCCUGCUUGAGUCUGGUACCCUCAGCACCAAGGGCCACGUUCAAGUGAUCGUGCCCUUCCUCACCGAGUCGUACGGCUCGCGUAGGGACCCGCCGGAGAAGGACGUGCCCUUCUGUACAUUGAAGAGCUUCCCCAACCAGAUCCAGCACACCAUCCAGUGGGCCAGGGACAAGUUCGCGAACCUGUUCUCCCUCAAGCCGCAGGAGCUGAACAAGCUGCUCGCCGAAAGCGACGUGAUCGAGGAACUGCGCACGCAGCCCGGCAACAAGCUCAAGAACGCGCAACACGCGCUGAAGAUGCUCGAGAGCCGGCCCAACAGCUUCGAGGAGUGCAUCGCCUACGGCAGGCUCAAGUUCGACAAAUACUUCCGCAACAAGAUCCUCCAGCUCCUCCACAACUUCCCUCUCGACAUGACCACCAAGGAGGGCACUCCGUUCUGGUCCGGCGCCAAGAGGCCGCCUACGCCGGUGCAGUUUGAUCCCAAGAACUCGCUCCACCUGGACUACGUGCGCUACUCGGCGUGCCUGUGGGCCAAGGUCUGGGGCGUGGUGCCCACUCACCACGAUCCCAGGAACGAAGCCGACAACGACUACCUCCGUAAGAUCUGCGAAGAGGUGCCGGUCCCGGCCUUCCAGCCCAAGCAGAACAAGGUGAUCGAGACCGACGAGAACGCCAAGAAGGAGGACAUCGAAGCCAAGAUCCAGCAGGCCGCCGAGUUUGACGAGGCCGCCUUCAAUGCGGCCAUCGACAGGAUCAAGGAGCUGCUCGUCCACAAGGAGAAGUACCAGAUGUUCCCCGAGGAGUUUGAGAAGGACAACGAUGCCAACUUCCACAUCGAUUUCAUCACGGCGACGUCCAACCUGCGCGCCUACAACUACGCCAUUGCGCCGGCCGACAGGCUCAAGACAAAGCGCAUUGCCGGUCGCAUCAUGCCUGCCAUCGCCACCACCACGGCCGCCGUUUCCGGCCUCGUGUCGAUCGAGUUGAUCAAGAUCGUGAAGAAGGUGAAGAUGGAGGACUACAAGAACGCCUUCAUGAACCUCGGCCUGCCCAUGUUCCAGUUCGCCGAGCCGUCGCCGGCCGAGAAGACCAAGAUCACCGAUUCGGUGAGCGUGACCAUCUGGGACCAAUGGGAUCUCAAGAUGGGCGACAUCACCCUCUCCGAUUUCUGCAAUCACUUCAAGAAAAAGUACGGCUUGACCGUUACGGGCGUCUUCCAGGGCGUGCAGAUGGUCUACGUGCCCUUGAUGCCCGGCCACGAUUCGCGACUGCCCAAGAAGCUCCGCCGGCUCAUCGGGCGCGAGAAGGGCCAGAAGUAUGUGGACCUGAUCGUCACGUUCGAGAACGACGACGGCUCCGAUGUGAACGGCCCGCCCGUCCGGUACUGGCUCACCAGCAAGAGGAAGAAGGUGGUCAAGAAGAGCCCCCAGACUCCCGAAUCUUCUUGA